CCUUCUGGAAGGUUCUGAGACAGAGUAUAAGAGACGGGGUGGCGGGCUGAAACCGGUCUCAUUGAACGAAGUGGCAGCUCUUGGGGGUUGGGUGCAGUUUUCGCUACAAGAGCAGGGGCCUACACGCAUGCAACUAUGUCUAAGGGACCUGCAGUAGGCAUCGAUCUUGGCACCACCUACUCCUGUGUGGGUGUCUUCCAGCAUGGAAAGGUGGAGAUAAUUGCCAAUGAUCAGGGGAACAGAACCACACCAAGCUAUGUCGCCUUUACUGACACCGAAAGGUUGAUCGGUGAUGCUGCAAAGAAUCAGGUUGCGAUGAACCCCACCAACACAGUUUUUGAUGCCAAACGUCUGAUUGGACGUAGAUUUGAUGAUGCUGUUGUCCAGUCAGAUAUGAAACACUGGCCGUUCAUGGUGGUGAAUGAUGCAGGCAGACCCAAAGUCCAAGUAGAGUACAAAGGGGAGACAAAAAGCUUCUACCCAGAGGAGGUAUCAUCUAUGGUUCUAACAAAGAUGAAGGAAAUUGCAGAAGCCUAUCUUGGGAAGACUGUCACCAAUGCUGUGGUCACAGUGCCAGCUUACUUCAAUGAUUCCCAGCGUCAGGCAACAAAAGAUGCUGGAACCAUUGCUGGUCUCAAUGUGCUUCGAAUUAUCAACGAGCCAACUGCUGCUGCUAUUGCUUAUGGCUUAGACAAGAAGGUUGGUGCUGAAAGGAAUGUGCUGAUUUUUGAUUUAGGAGGUGGCACUUUUGAUGUGUCAAUCCUCACUAUUGAGGAUGGGAUCUUUGAGGUCAAAUCUACAGCUGGAGACACCCACUUAGGUGGAGAAGACUUUGACAACAGAAUGGUCAAUCAUUUCAUUGCUGAAUUCAAACGCAAGCAUAAGAAGGACAUCAGUGAGAACAAGAGAGCUGUCCGUCGUCUGCGUACUGCUUGUGAGCGAGCCAAGCGUACCCUCUCAUCCAGCACCCAGGCCAGCAUCGAGAUUGAUUCCCUCUAUGAAGGAAUUGAUUUCUAUACCUCUAUCACCCGUGCUCGGUUUGAAGAGCUGAAUGCUGACCUGUUUCGUGGCACUCUGGACCCUGUAGAAAAAGCCCUUCGAGAUGCCAAACUGGACAAGUCACAGAUACAUGACAUUGUCCUGGUGGGCGGUUCCACCCGUAUCCCCAAAAUUCAGAAACUUCUGCAAGAUUUUUUCAAUGGAAAAGAGCUAAAUAAGAGCAUCAACCCUGAUGAAGCUGUUGCAUAUGGUGCAGCUGUCCAGGCAGCCAUCCUAUCUGGAGACAAGUCUGAAAAUGUUCAAGAUUUGCUGCUUUUGGAUGUCACUCCUCUUUCUCUGGGUAUAGAAACUGCUGGUGGAGUCAUGACUGUCCUUAUCAAGCGCAAUACUACCAUUCCUACCAAGCAGACACAGACCUUCACCACAUACUCUGAUAACCAGCCUGGUGUGCUCAUUCAGGUGUAUGAAGGUGAGCGAGCCAUGACCAAGGACAACAAUCUUCUUGGCAAGUUUGAACUCACAGGCAUCCCUCCUGCACCCCGUGGUGUUCCUCAGAUUGAAGUCACUUUUGAUAUUGAUGCUAAUGGCAUCCUCAAUGUUUCUGCUGUGGAUAAGAGUACAGGAAAAGAGAACAAAAUUACCAUCACCAAUGACAAGGGCCGCUUGAGCAAGGAGGACAUUGAGCGUAUGGUCCAAGAAGCAGAGAAGUACAAAGCUGAAGAUGAGAAGCAGAGGGACAAGGUGUCAUCCAAGAAUUCGCUGGAGUCCUAUGCAUUCAAUAUGAAAGCAACUGUUGAAGAUGAGAAGCUUCAGGGCAAGAUCAAUGAUGAAGAUAAACAGAAGAUUCUGGAUAAGUGUAACGAGAUCAUUAACUGGCUGGAUAAAAAUCAGACUGCAGAGAAGGAAGAAUUUGAACACCAGCAGAAAGAGCUGGAGAAAGUCUGCAACCCCAUCAUUACCAAGCUGUACCAGAGUGCAGGAGGCAUGCCAGGAGGAAUGCCUGGGGGAUUCCCUGGUGGGGGAGCUCCUCCUUCUGGUGGUGCUUCCUCUGGUCCCACCAUUGAAGAGGUUGAUUAAGUCAACCCAAAUACAGGUGUAGCAUUGUUCCACACAGUAAAACAUUGAAGGACCCAAAUUUAGCAAAUUGUAUAGCAGUAAAAUGAGCUGCUAUACUGGGCAUUCUUAUACUUGAAUAUGGAACAUGUGAUGCACAGGAAAGGAAGUAACAUUGCACUUUAUAAACACUGUAUUGUAAGUGGAAAAUGCAAUGUCUUAAAUAAAAAUAUUUAAAAUUUGGCGCCAUA